UAAAAAAAAAAGCAGGUAGAAUAGAGUAAAAGAUGCUCAAGCAAAGAAGGAAGGAAAUGCAAACAGAGAGAGAGAGACUUGCACCUCCUUCGUUACAUGUGACAGUCCAGCAGCUCCACAGCCUCCUCCUCCGCCUCCCUCUCCGACUCUCACGCUGUCUCUCGCAUCCACAUCUCUUCAUUUCUCCGUCUGCUCAGCUUCUGUUCCUGCUUCUUUUUUUGUUACAUCCCUUCAUUUUCUCCUCCUCCUUCCUUCUCUCUCCUUUUUUAAAAAAAAAAAAAAAAAAAUUUGAUUCUUCAUCUGCGACAUGCUCCUCACGUGAAGUCCGUCAACUUGCAGAGCACUGUGGAUGCCCAGUUAAAAAACAAAACAUAGAAAAGAAGGCAAAUGCUCUGUCGGGGAAUAAGAGGAAAAGCGCACGUUUGCAUCUUUCAUUGAGUGCCUUGGCUUGAACGGAGCAACAGUAUGGAUCUGUCAUUCAUGGCUGCGCAGAUCCCAGUUAUGACGGGAGCCUUCAUGGACUCCUCGCCCAACGACGACUACAGCGGCGAGCACUCCCUCUUUAACUCCUCGGCCAGCGUCCAUGCCGCUGCCUCUGCCGCCUCGGUACACGGCCAACAGGAUGAGCAGCAGUCCAUGUCCAGCGAUGCCAUCUGGCUCUGGAUCGCCAUCAUCGCCACCAUAGGAAACAUUGUGGUGGUUGGCGUCGUCUAUGCCUGCACUUUCUGAUGAACAUAUGCUGACAAAGACAAAGACACACACACACACACACACACACACACACACACACACACACACACACACACAAACACAUACAUCCUGCUUUUUCCGGAUAUCUGGACCCCUGAGCGAGGCCACGCUUUGUAGACAGACACUCUCUCUCUCUAUGUCUCUCUCUAUCUUCCUCUGUCCCCCUCGCACUUGGCUAUUGGAUCAGAUUGAGUCCCUGAGGGUGUGGAAGUUGUGAUACUAGACAAUGACAUAUAGACUCCUCUAUUUCUUCAUCAGAGGAGAAGACUGGGACUUGGCUGCAGUCGUCGGCAUGGAGCAUUUUUGGAUGCUACAACUGUUAGUUUGAAAAAAAGCUUUUGUGUUCGACAGCUCUUUAGUUAAAAACAGAAACAUCAGACCUGCGCUCUCAAACAAGAAUCAAAGGAACAGUGUUGUUUUGUUUUUUUUUCUGCUUAAGUUUGUUUCCAUGUUUCUCCUCAGACAACAUCCUCACUUAUAAUGCAGAGACGAGAAUGGAGAUUAAAUGGGGCUUAAGAUCCAGGUUGAUCCAGGCCAUCUUAAACAUCCACCAGAUAGUUUCUUAGCAAUUUAGAGCAGUGCUGUUUAAUUAUGCGGCUGAACAGAGAUGGUGAAUGUUAAAACAUUUAGAAAGUGCUGGGAUUAUUUUCAUGCCAGGCAGCCCUGAGGCCCAAAACACUGGAGCUCAUUUAAGGACUAAUUUGUGGAUGAAACGUGGUGUAUAUAGUAUCUAAACAAUUUUACUGACAGGAAACAAAGAACAGACACAUUUAAAAUCUCAUAAGAAUGAUUUCCGCUGUGCUAACUGAAUUAUACGCAGUGAACGAUGGCUGUAUGAUUAGAUGAGUAGAGUAAAACUAAGUCAGCCCCUUUGAAAUGAAUGAUCCUGUUGUCAGAUACCUACAGCAAUAUUCACCAGGGGUUAUUAGAAAUCUAAUUGUAUUGUCAUGGUCUGUUCAGGCAUGUUUAGAUAUUAUCUACAGAUGUCAACAAAUACAAUUAAAAGCACAAACUGAAUCGCAAGAUGACAUAACCUACUUUGCUUACUGCACCUAAUUAUUUUGUACUUCUUUUUUUUCUUAAAGGAACAGGGUGUAAGAUUUAGAGGGGGUUAGGAUUGCAGAUUGCACUUGACUGUACCAGGAGAGAGGUGAUUAAAAACAGUAAAAACACUAAAUAAAGCAGCUUCAUGUUACAAAUCAGUGCUUCUCCUAAGCUGUUCAGCACGUCAUAAAUGGUCCACUCGCCAGCAUCGGCUCUUGUACGCUCACCUAUUUUCUCUGAUAACUUAAUGUGUGCUCACUUAUUUCUGAUCCAGGAGGUUUUUACCAUGAGCCACAUUUUCCACAGAGAUCACCUCAUCUUCAAAACAGACCACGGGUCUCAUUUAUAAACAUUGCAUAUGCACAAAAUGAGGCCUGAAAGAGACGUACGCCACUUCCAACACAAAAGUUGUGAUGAAUAAAAACUUUGACUCAUGCUUAUGAACAUUUUGGAGACGGAAAUUGGCGAAGCAGAUGUUGAGCUGGAAGCCUGAAUGUAGGAAUUGUUGAAUAUUUUUGCCGCCUUCUAUUUUUGGCUUUUGUCCAUAUGUACAUUUUAAGUAUGGAUUGUACGCAUUGUUUUG